CGGCCGCCCGCAGUCUGUGCGCCGCGGCCGCGCCGAGCGGAGCGGAGCCGGGCGGGGCAGGGCAGGACCGAGGAGCCGCGCUGCGCCGGGCGCCGCCGCGCUCGGCCCUCGGCGGCGGCGCGGUCCCCGGCGGCGGCGGCGCAUAAGGCCACCGCGUCCCCACUUCAGCCACAGUGCUGGCUAAGUCGGGGACGGCAAGCACGGAGCGGAGCCGCGCCACCGCCGACCCCCGCGGGCGACGCGCUGGGGCUGGGGCAGCGGCAGCGGCGCGGGCAGCGAGCAUGGCGCGGGCGGCAGAGGAGCCGCGGCCGGCGGGCGGGCGGCGGCGCUGCGGCGCCCUGGUGGGGUAUUUCACGUCCGCCAAGUUCCUGCUCUACCUGGGGCACGCGCUGUCCACCUGGGGAGAUCGUAUGUGGCAUUUUGCUGUGUCUGUGUUCCUGGUUGAACUUUAUGGAAACAGCUUACUCCUGACUGCAGUCUAUGGACUGGUUGUGGCAGGAUCAGUUCUUCUCCUGGGAGCCAUUAUUGGAGACUGGGUGGACAAGAACUCCAGGCUCAAAGUGGCCCAGACAUCCUUGGUUGUACAGAAUGCGUCCGUCAUCCUGUGUGGUGUUAUCCUGAUGAUUGUCUUCUUGUUUAAGACACAGCUCUUGACCCUGUACCAUGGAUGGCUUCUUACGAUGUGCUAUAUCCUGGUUAUCACGAUAGCAAAUAUUGCCAAUUUGGCCAGCACUGCCACUGCGAUCACAAUUCAGAGGGACUGGAUUGUGGUGGUUGCAGGGGAAGACAGAAGCAAACUGGCAGAUAUGAAUGCCACAAUACGAAGAAUUGACCAGUUGACCAAUAUCUUGGCCCCAAUGGCGGUUGGGCAGAUAAUGACGUUUGGCUCCCCAGUGAUCGGCUGUGGAUUCAUUUCGGGUUGGAACCUGGUGUCUAUGUGCAUCGAAUAUCUGCUGCUCUGGAAGGUUUAUCAGAAAACCCCUACUCUGGCUCUCAAAUCUUCAAAAGUUGAAGAAUCAGAACUGAAGCAGCUGAAUGUAAAGAAAGAGAGUGAACCAAAACCCGCUGAAGGAGUGCAGUUAAUUGUUGAGAAAGAUGUGACUGGCCCUGAGCCCCAACAGGAGAAGGAAGUCAGCUGCGCCGCCCGGAUUGCUGAGCCUUUCAUCACGUUCCGUGAUGGAUGGGUUGCAUACUACAACCAGCCAGUGUUUCUGGCAGGCAUGGGUCUUGCAUUUCUCUAUAUGACUGUUCUAGGCUUUGAUUGUAUUACUACAGGCUAUGCGUACACUCAGGGUUUGAGCGGCUCUGUGCUCAGCCUUCUGAUGGGUGCCUCGGCGGUCACUGGCAUCAUGGGAACAGUAGCUUUCACCUGGCUUCGUCGCAAAUGUGGCCUGGUUCGCACAGGCCUUAUUUCUGGAGUAGCCCAGUUUGCUUGUCUGAUCUUAUGCGCCAUCUCUGUAUUCAUGCCUGGAAGUCCCCUGGAUUUGACCGUUUCCCCGUUUGCUGACCUCGGUGCCAGGCUGUUUGAAAGUGAGCCAUUACCUACUAUUGCAUCUCCAGGAGAUAAGUCUGAAAUGGCUUUUGCAACUGGAAUGCCCAACGUGUUAAACGGGUCUACUCCUGCUAACGGCGACCCAGAGAUGAGUCCUGAGCCUGUGCCUUUAAUCUCUGUUAGUCUGCUGUUUGCAGGAGUCAUUGCUGCUAGAGUUGGCCUUUGGUCCUUCGAUUUGACUGUCACACAGUUGCUCCAAGAAAACGUGAUGGAAUCUGAAAGAGGCAUCAUAAAUGGUGUCCAAAACUCCAUGAAUUAUCUUCUUGAUCUGCUGCACUUCAUCAUGGUCAUCUUGGCUCCUAACCCUGAAGCUUUUGGCUUAUUGGUGCUUAUUUCUGUGUCUUUUGUUGCAAUGGGUCACAUAAUGUACUUCAGAUUUGCCCAGAAAUGCUUGGGAACACAACUUUUUGCUUGUUGCACUCCUGAUCCCAAAGCAGUCUCUGACUGUUCAUCACCUGGUGAUACAUCUACAGUCUGAAGGAAUUUGCUACACAUACAUCGUGGUUAGAUGAGUAGAAAUGGUCACAAAAGGCAGUCUAAGGUGUUUCUCUAGAGUUGAAUGCAUAGAACUUAACUAUUUAAGGAAGCCUUCUCAAAAGAAAUAGAAAUCAUCUCACAGUGAACCUACACAUUUCAUUUUGGUCUAGGGAUGACGUAGUUGGAUCUUAACAGCUAGCAUUUGAAAGGAUCCCCAGAAGUUAUGCGUGAAGUAUUUGAUCAGAAAAAUAACUUUGGAUUUCUGUCCAACUCCUACAUCCUGAUACUGUUUGCAGUUAUACAUACUCACUUUGUCCAUGUUUGUUCAUUGAGCAAAAUAAGGUUUUUGUUUAGUUCUUUUAGAAAAGCUUGAUUUACCCUGUUUUGCUGUUUGGUUUUCUCUAUUUUUCCCCUUCUGUAAGCAUGUUCUGUUCCACGUAUUGCUCCUGUUUUCCCAAAUUGGAUAAAACCUCCUUGUUGGAGGUCUGAAGGGGACUUUAAGUUUUGGUGUUUUCCCAAAAUACAUCUAUUCUAGUUUGACUUUACAGAAACACCUGUGUAGCUUUUCAUGUUUCCUUACCAAUUAGAUUAGUGCUGGGUGCAAAAUAUUGUAUUAUGCUUUUGCACUUCAUAAAGCAUAACCUCAUUUUAGUAGAAGCUAUUGAUGUAAUGUAACAUUAUAAAGCAUUUGUUUUAAACUCACAUACCAGUUCUGUUCAGGUUUGUAGCAGAGAGUGCUAAGGUCAGGAGUGCUGGUACAGAAAGAUAAACCAAGGGCUAAUUUAGCCUUUGCCUCAGUACAAGCAGCUUUGGUUUAUUUUCAAAUGCCAUUGCUUUAAGAAACCUUAUUAAAAGCUGAUGUAGUGAAAAACGAUUACUAGUCCAGGCAGAACAUAUCCAAAAAAGUGGAUUACUUACACUUACCCAUUUUACAUUUAUGUGAAUUUUACAAUUUAGUUUAUUCUAAGAUACUGCUAAAACAGUACCAGACAUCGGACUGUGUGGCCCUCUAGCAACUUCAGAGAAAUGGAGAAUGAUUUAUCCCUUUGAUUUCAAGAAGUUCUUGCAUUAUUUGACCCUGCACAUGUACUAACACAGUGCUUCUAUCGUCAUUAGCCAUUUAUGCACUUUUGUGGAAGCUACUCUAAGCACUUUGCUUUUCAGUGGAGUUGAAUCCUACAGUAUUCCAAGUUUUCCUAUAGUGUGGCAGCAUGACUUUUAAAUCUUUGUAAAAUGCUUGUUUGCAAAAUUAGAAGAAUGAGAAAUAAGAAAACGUAUUUUUUACAUGUUGCUGAUAUUUUUUUUUAAAGUUUUUUUUAUUUUAGGUACUUUCUUUAAUAGUCAUCUAUGUUGCCAGACUUCAACCCUGAAAUGUAAGUGUAUCAACUCCAUGGACAUUAAAGGCGUUACACCAGGGCUGAAUCUAGGCCAGUUAUCUAAAAAAUUUGAGUGUAUCACAUAUCAGUCUGGACAGAAUGUAAAAAACCUGUAGUAGCUUCUAUCUCAAAUAUGAUAUUUUGUGAGAGGACUGAAAGCGAAUGAAUGGGAAUCCAAUGUACAACCCAGUUGUAGCUCUCAAUAUUCAAUAACUGGACGUAAUAACAAUUUUUCUUCUCUAAUAGACCAAAAGUAAUCAUUACUGAAAGGCUCUCAGGGAUGUUUUCAUUAGAUUUGUAAGUGUUUGUACUUUGACCAAGCUUCUGGGUUUUUUUACUGUAAUAGUGAAAUAUGUAGAGUGUUCUUUGAAUCUGACUUGAUCCUAGGUAUAACUUCUGAAGGAAAAGGGAAUUUUGCGAUCAGCAAAAUUUUGAAGUCAGAGGAAUUAGAACAAGCUUGUCUAGAUUUGCAGAAUGAAGAUGCCCAAAGGAUAGCCUCCGCAGUACAUGAUAGCAAGUAGGAUUGAGCCAGUAAGGAAUUUUGAAGUACACUAGUAAAUAAAAUCUCUGAUUUGCCAAACAUGUUGUUUCCAUACAUCUAUUAGCUAACUUGGGACCAGAUUGUAAUACUGUUGCAAAUAAAGGUAGCCUUAAUAAGUGCCUCUAUACUGCACUUCCAGGAUCACCUGAAUGCCACCAUGUAUAUGUGAUUCACUGUCCCUCAGAGAAACAAAGCUGAAAAUACAUUUCCUGGGGGCUUUCUGGAGCCUAGGGAAACACCCUGUGCCUGAAGCCUAAUCCGGUAGCGCUAGGCGCCGGGCAGCCCCGAGAGGCAGGGUCUCCCGCUGCCUGUCGAGCCCCAAGAAGCCCCACAUCGGCAAGCAGAGCUGGGAGCAUACCGUGUGUCCAUCUGUUCCCAAAGUGAGGGUUUUUUUUCCUGAAGAGCAAUGUAGCCUUAUUCUUAUGUCAGUAGAGUAGCACUUUGUUUCACAAACAAUCCCAGUGCAUAUUGGCAUCUGGAUCUCAAGCCAAAAAAGUAGUAUUGGGAGGGGGCUGGUCCUUCAUAUUUCGCACACGUACUGUUGCUAGGAGUUUGUGUGUGCAAAGAAUGCAUGACUGGAUGCCAAGACAAUCCUAAAAGGUUGAAAGUAGCAAGACAGACUCUAGCUUUAACAGGAAUAAGGAGGUCUGUAUUGGAAAUCAGGUAUAUUUUUGACCUAGUCAGAAGAUGUCAAAAAACGUGUGCUGCUUGAGUACACACCCAUGUGUGUAUAUAGCUUUAAUAAAUACACAGACACCUGUAAGGGUUAGUGCUUUGGAGCAGUGUGGAGCCUGAAGUUUUACUUAGCAGGGCUUUUGCUAAGUAAGCAUUUUUGGCCUACUAUUUAUUUAUUUUUUUGGAUGUCCAAUUUGGAUGAAAACUGCCCUUAAAAUGUGCACACUAAAAAUCAAUCUUACCAAAAUAGCGUAUUUUGUUAUACAACUUUAUGCUGGACAUAGUAUUGAUUGAUAUAUUAAUCUUGCUAAUAAAGCUUUUGAAUAAAUUUGCUUAAAGAUUUA